AGAGCCCAACGCGGGGCUUGAACUUGUGAGCUGUGAGAUCAUGACCUGAGCCGAAGUCAGAUGCCCAACCAGCUGGGCCACCCAGGCAUCCCUGAAGUUAACCAUUUCAUUUAAAUCAUCAGAUUUAUUGGCAACAAAUUACAUACGGUACUUUUUAAAAGUUCUCUCUCCUCUGAAUCAGUGAUUAUAUCUGACCUUCCUGCCUUCCUGGUGGCAUUGCCAGGUCUGCCAUCUCUGUUCUUGUGACCCACUGAUCAUUCUCCCACCCUUCCUCUGCCUGCACCCCCCACGCCUAGCUCAAGGAGAUCUCUUUCUGGUUUGCUGGGAGGAAGCUUCACUUCACCUCCCAAUUCUAGCCCAGACAUUUUUUUUUCUUUACCGGUAAAUUCUGGCUUCACUCUGGAGCUCAGGCUUUUGGAAAUAAAAGCCAGGAAAACUUGUGAACCAUUUCUGCUUUCCUGCCAUGUCUGUAUCCUGAGGCAAGGAGCAUAGAGCUAACUAUCUAUUGAAUGGGAAGAAGUGAAAGUGAAGAGCGAGGAAACAAAACAUUCUAAGAUUAAUAUGUCAAAAAUUAUUCUAUCCAUGUUUUUUGAGGUAUUCACAAAUUGAGAGAGUUCAAGGACCCUUUAAUUUCCCACUCCUUGAACUGGUUGAUUUGCACCACAAGUUUUGUGGUUCCCGGUGCUUUUGUGCACCUCUACCAUAGAGAGGAACUGACCCUCUUGCUGUGUCCUCUGACCAAGAGAAAAUGGUUGUAUUUAUGGAUAUUCUGAAGCUGACUGUAGGCAUCUCUCUUUAAUUAUCAGAUGUGUGAAUAAAAAACAUUUCCUCCCCCAUAAUGCUUUACUCUCAGAACUCAUUCUGUCUGUGCUGCCGUCUGUAGGACUUUGUCUCAGUAAUACCUGCUAACCUGCAAAGUGUAACCAGUUCUGGAAGCACUCCCCACUAAAAGUCAAACUCCAAAGUUAGACUGUUGGCUGCAAUCCCAGAUCUGUUGUUCAAUAGGUGUGGGACCUUGGACAAGUUACCUAUUGAGUAUAAACAUCAACUUUUUAAAUGUAAAAACUGAAGAAAAUAGUACCUAUCUCAUAGGGCUGCUAUGAAGAAUGAAUGAGUUAAUACAUAUUAUACUUUCAUCCUAGUGAAAGAAGUACUGAACUUAACCCUUAUGACUUGUGGGUAUUUAAUUAAAAAAAUUAAGAUUUCUUUUUGAAAAUUCUGAAGUGUGUCUAUAUGUGUGUAUAUACACAUACAUAUUCAUGCUGUCAUGCAAAUUAUUUUUAAUUUUACAAAGGUAGAACAAAAGCAACAUGAAAAUGGGAAACCAAAGUGUCAUCUCAGAGUUCCUCCUCCUGGGUCUGCCUAUUGAGCCAGAGCUGCGGGACCAGUUCUAUGCCCUGUUCCUGCUCAUGUAUGUUACCACCAUCCUGGGGAACCUGCUCAUCAUCAUCCUCAUUCUCCUGGACUCCCGCCUCCACACGCCCAUGUAUUUGUUUCUCAGUAACUUGUCCUUCUCUGACCUCUGCUUCUCCUCUGUCACAAUGCCCAAACUGCUGCAGAACAUGCAGAGCCAGGUCCCGUCCAUCCCCUAUGCCGGCUGCCUGGCCCAGAUGUACUUCUUCUUGCUUUUUGCAGACCUGGAGAGCUUCCUCCUGGUGGCCAUGGCCUAUGACCGCUAUGUGGCCAUUUGCUUUCCCCUGCACUACACCACCAUCAUGAGCCCCAAGCUCUGUCUCUCCCUGGUGGUGCUGUCCUGGGUGCUAACCACUUUUAUCUCUUUAUUGCACACACUACUCAUGGCUCGGCUGUCCUUCUGUGCUGAUAAUGUGAUUCCUCACUUUUUCUGUGACAUGUCAGCUCUGCUAAAGUUGGCCUGCUCUGACAUUCAUAUAAAUGAAAUGGUGAUAUUUAUUUUGGGAGGGCUUGUCAUUAUUGUUCCAUUCCUGUUGAUCUUUUUAUCCUAUGCACGGAUUGUGUCCUCCAUCCUCAGGGUCCCUUCUGCCAGGGGCAUCCGCAAGGCCUUCUCCACCUGUGGCUCCCACCUCUCCGUGGUGUCUCUCUUCUACGGGACAAUCAUUGGCCUCUACUUGUGCCCUUCAGACAACAAUUCUACUGUUAAGGAGACUGUCAUGGCCGUGAUGUACACUGUGGUCACCCCUAUGCUGAAUCCCUUCAUCUACAGCCUGAGGAAUCGGGACAUAAAGGGAGCCUUAGGAAGAGUAUGUUCCAAAUGGACGAUUCAGCUUUCUCUGGGACAGGGACUCUAAAGACUAAUGUAUGUUUUCAAACAGUAGGCAUAAUAUUGACAAUGAGUAGUAUUCCAUAAAGUCUAGUAAGCACCAAGCUAAUGCAGCCCAGGGGGUUUUCUCAUUGUCACUAGGGGUGGGUCCAUCUCACAUCCUGGGUUUACCACAGAAUCUGGGGGGUGAUAUAGCACAAGGACUGACAUGUAGUGGACACUUGGCAAUUAUUAUUCAAAUUUGAAUAAAUAUCACUCUAACGCUAGUGUUUACUGCACUCAGAGAAAGUACAGUAGUUCCUAAUUCUCUAAUAAAUAAAUCCAAAUUUCUCAGCCCCUUCAGUGCUAUGCUUCUGCCAAACAUGUUUAUUUCAUGAAGAAUGUCUUCCAGUUUAUUAUGUACUGCUUUUGUAAUUUUUUACUCGCCAAGGAUCAUCAUUUAUUCCAUUGCUUACCUAUUUAUUUAGUUUUUAAUUUUCAUUUCAGGUGUUGACUGAUUCACCACUUUAAUGAUCAUACUCGAAAUUUUUUUUUCCUUUGAUUUACCAAUCGCUUGUCAGUUAAUGACAGACUGCUUCUUUUGAUAAUAUCUAUAUUUUGGAUGAAAAUUUCUCUUUUGAAUUAAAAUCAUAUUAUAUGGAACGAGCCA